GCCCAGCAAGGUGGUGUUAUUCAAGCCAACAAUUUGAUCAAUCUCUAUGUAAAGUGCAACCACCUUAGAGCCGCUCGUCAUGUUUUUAAUAUUAUGCCCGAGAGAAAUGUGGUCUCUUUUAGUGCACUAAUGACUGGCUAUUUACACAGUGGACUUGCAUCAGAUGCCCUUUAUAUGUUUAAAUCAAUGGCUUUUGGUCAUUCUUCAUUGCGUUCAAAUGAGUACAUUUUCUCGAUAGUCCUAACAGCUUGUUCUGAUCUUGAAGCUCUUUGUGAGGGACAACAGUGCCAUGCUUAUGUCGUCAAGUCUGGCCUAAUAUCUCAUUCUUACAUCAGAAACACCCUUCUUCAUAUGUACUCUAUAUGUUCAAGUGUAGAAGAUGCUAUACAAGUCUACAAAACUUUGCCAGAUUUUGAUAUUUUCUCAUUUAAUAGCAUGAUUAAAGCCUUUUCGGAUGAUGGGUAUUUGGAUGCUGCCGCUGAGAUUAUGAGAAGUGUGAUGAAUGAGGUUGACAAGUGGGAUCAGGUCACAUAUGUUGUUGUUCUAGGACUUUCUGCCAAUUUGAAGGAUUUGAGAUUGGGUCGCCAACUUCAUAGCCAAAUUUUAAGAAGAGGGCUUGAAAAUGACGUCUUUGGUGGCAGUGCUUUAGUUGAUAUGUAUGGCAAAUGCAAAGCUGUUUUAAGUGCUCGAUAUGCGUUUUUUAGGAUCCCCAAUAGGAAUGUGGUCUCUUGGACAGCAUUAAUAGCCAUCUGUACGCAAAAUGAUUGCUUUGAAGAAGCCUUGAAAUUAUUCUUGAAGAUGGUAUCAGAUGGCAUCCAACCUAAUGACUUCACCUUUGCAGUUACACUGAAUUCAUGUGCAGGCUUGUCUACCUUGACAAAUGGUGAUGCCCUAAAUGCUUUUGCACAAAAAUCAGGACAUAAGGAAUAUCUGAAUGUAGGUAAUGCUCUUAUCAACAUGUAUUCAAAAUGCGGUAGCAUAGAAGAUGCACAUAAAGUAUUUUCAAUGAUGCUCGAAAGGGACAGUGUUUCUUGGAGUUCGAUAAUCACGGGUUAUUCUCAUCACGGCUUAGGUGAGGAAGCUCUAGGGGUUUUCGGUAGUAUGUUAAACGAAGGCAUGGAUCCAACAUAUGUAACCUUUGUUGGAGUGCUUUCUGCUUGUGGCCAUCUUGGCCUUGUACAUGAAGGUUUCAAUUAUUUGAAUUCAAUGAGCAAAUGGGGGAUAUCCCCUGGGCUUGAACAUCAUACUUGCAUCAUUGUAAUCUUGUGUCGGGCUGGUCGACUAGAUGAGGCUGAGAAACAUAUUAGAUAUACUCAUAUCGAAUGGGACAUCGUAGCAUGGCGAUCUCUACUGAAUGGUUGCCUAGUACAUAGAAAUUUCGGUCUGGGAAAGAAAGUUGCUCGUCACAUACUUCAAUUAGAUCCUAAUGAUGUAGGAACAUAUAUUCUCUUAUCAAAUAUCUAUGCAAAAGAAAGCCGUUGGUAUGGAGUUGUUGAGGUUCGUAAGCUCAUGAGAGAACGAUUCAUCAAAAAAGAACCUGGGGUUAGUUGGAUUCAGGUGAGGAAUGAGACCCAUGUUUUUGCUUCAGAGGAUAAUCAGCAUCCACUGAUAGUUGAGAUACGCCAGAAAUUAGCAGAUUUAAUGUACCGAAUUAAGUUAAUUGGUUAUAAACCUGAUAUUGCUAGUGUAUUGCAUGAUGUUGAAGAUGAACAGAAGGAAGAGUAUCUUUGGUAUCAUAGUGAGAAGCUAGCUGUAGCUUUUGGGUUUAUUAGUGCUCCUCAUGGAGCUACAAUCCAUGUCAUAAAAAACCUUCGAGUUUGCAAUGAUUGCCACAUGGCAUUGAAACUGAUUUCAACUGUGACAAAGAGGAAGAUGAUAGUAAGAGAUGCCAACAGAUUUCAUUGUUUUGAGAAGGGGGUGUGUUCUUGUAGAGAUUAUUGGUGAGAUUUUUGUUCGAAAGAAACAGAGGGCUUUUGCUAGUGCGGAUGCAGAUUGCAAGCGAGGUAUUUCAGGUGAUUCGCCUCCAGUUCUUGAGGAAAGUUUCACGGAGUCCCCUACGCAGCUUGAAACCAUAUUGAGAGGUACCUGGACUUCUUCAGGGGGAAAGGGAGAUUGAGUCAUGGAUUAAUUCCAUAGCCUCCCAUAAUGAAUCAGAUUGCCAGGAUGAAGAAUCCUAUUCAUCUCCAAGCAUAGAAUAAAUUUCAGUCCCAAUAUUAUUUGAUAUGGAGGAUGUCGAUUUAUCUACAUUUAGUUUUGAACAAAACCACUCCACUGCUUGCAUAUAUGCUUUUUCGUAACAAAUAAGUCAAAAUUGUUGAAUUCAAUUAUCUUUUCGCACAAUGUCGACUGUACUUUUACAAUUUAUGACUAAAUCAGAGAAAUUUGUUUCUCAAUUAUUUCCAUAGGGUUUGAUUUCACCUUUUGUCCCCCGCAUAUACGCGGGGGUUACGUGCUAGUAUAUACUAAAGUUAAUGGGAAAUGAACAGUGGUUAACUACAGUAAAUUCUGAUGUUAUCUAUUGCAAAUGCUUUGGAUAAUUAACUACCAGUGUUGUAGUUCAGUUGACAAUUGGCUUGAGCUCCUACACAAAGGUCGCAGGUUUGAGGCUCACAUUGCCCUUUUUUUUUUCCUUGCCUUUCCUUAGCAUUAUAUUCAAGCUUUCUGUUUUUUGUUUUCCCUGAUGUGACAAGAUGGGGAACAGGGCUCCAUGAGGGUUAACACGGAAGAGUGGAGCUCAAAUCAUCCGAAUAGGACCGAUAGCAGGAGCUUCUCCAAGAUCAUUGAAAUCUUUCAUCUUAUAUUUGGAUCCUUCUUGUCUGAGAUACUCGAUUGAAGACAUUAUUCAAGUUUAUUUUUCUUCCAUCAGAAUUGCCACUUAAGUUUUUGUCUUAAGACUUUUCUUCCAUCUAAAUUUUUUAGCCCACACAAGAGGCGCUAGCUGUAUCCGUUUCUGCGAUCACAAACAGGGUAGCGAUGGAGGAUAGCAGAGGAGUGCACAACAUUAAGUUUGUCAAUUACUCUGAAGUAGUUUAAAAUUGAAUUAUUUGUGGCAAUGAGUUCCUUGUGUGUAAUCCUUUGACGAGCUUUUAGUGAUUUUGAUUUUUUUUAUUCUGAUGAAAAUUUUGACAUUGACAGGACCGAGAGAAUCAUCUGCUAAUCUCUGGAGAAGCUUUCAGCAUCGAAUUUUAAAGGAAGUCUUGCAUGAUAUCAACUCCAUAAGCAGCUACGAGAGCAUGUUUUUAAGGAGUCAGUUGAUCUCAUAUUUUCCUUUUUCUUUUUAUUUUUCAGUAGUAAACUUUAAUUAAAGCUAGAUUUGGCAAUUUGUUCCUGUUUAUGGUUUACUUUUCUUUGAGUGAUGUUAGCCUGCGGAUAGAGGAAAGCAGAGGAAUCUCUAAUAACAUCAGUUUAUGUUUGUUAAAGUAAGAGAGAGAGAGUCUUU